UGAGCGGGAGAGGAAGCAGCUGGUGAUGCUGGAACCAACAUGGCCGCGCCUGUGCCCCUCUGCCGCUCGGGCUCCCGUCGUCUGCGGCUGCUCCCGUUGCUGGCGCUGCUGGAGCUGCUGGUCGAGCCCGGCCUGGGCCGCGUGCACCACCUGGCGCUCAAAGAUGACGUGAGGCAUAAAGUCCAUCUGAACACCUUUGGCUUCUUCAAGGACGGGUACAUGUUGGUCAACGUCAGCAGCCUCUCUGUGAAUGAGCCUAAGAGAACCAUGGACAAGGAUGCUGAGAUCGGAUUCAGUCUAGAUCGGACCAAGAACGAUGGUUUUUCUUCUUACCUGGAUGAAGAUGUGAAUUACUGUAUUUUAAGGAAACAGUCUGUGUCAUCUGUCACCCUUCUAAUCCUAAACAUCUCCAGAAGUGAAAUAAAAGUCAGGUCUCCACCAGAAGCUGGUGCACAGUUACCAAAGAUCAUCUUCAGUAAGGGUGAACAAAUCCUCGGUGGGAGCCAGGAGCCCAACGUCAGCUCUGUCCAUGCAGGCAGCCAGCCACAGAGAGCCCAAGACAGUGGAAAGUCCAGAAGAAGUACAGUGGACUCGAAGGCAACAGGAGAGAAAGCCUUCUCCAUUCAGAAUGACGACGGGGCGGUCUCGUUUCAGUUCUCCUUCAACAUCAGCACCGAUGACCAAGAAGGCCUUUACAGUCUUUAUUUACACAAAUGCCCAGGCAGGAACUCAAAGUCCAGCGACAAGUUUUCCUUCAGCCUUGAUAUUAAGAUCACUGAGAAGAACCCUGACAGCUACCUCUCGGCGGGAGAAAUCCCUCUCCCCAAGUUGUACAUUUCUAUGGCCUUUUUCUUCUUCCUUUCUGGGACCAUCUGGAUUCACAUCCUUCGAAAACGAAGGAAUGACGUGUUUAAGAUUCACUGGUUGAUGGCUGCCCUUCCCUUCACCAAAUCUCUCUCCUUGCUGUUCCAUGCAAUUGACUACCACUACAUCUCUUCGCAAGGUUUUCCGAUCGAAGGCUGGGCUGUCGUGUACUACAUAACUCACCUCCUGAAGGGGGCGCUGUUGUUCAUCACCAUUGCGCUCAUUGGCACUGGCUGGGCCUUCAUCAAGCACAUCCUGUCUGAUAAAGACAAGAAGAUCUUCAUGAUUGUCAUCCCACUCCAGGUGCUGGCGAAUGUGGCCUACAUCAUCAUUGAGUCUACUGAGGAAGGCACAACGGAGUAUGGCUUGUGGAAGGAUUCUCUGUUCCUGGUUGACCUGCUGUGCUGUGGUGCCAUCCUCUUCCCGGUGGUGUGGUCAAUCAGACAUUUACAAGAAGCCUCCGCCACGGAUGGAAAAGCUGCUAUUAACUUAGCAAAGCUGAAGCUUUUCAGACAUUACUACGUCUUGAUUGUGUGCUACAUAUACUUCACCAGGAUCAUCGCCUUUCUCCUGAAGUUUGCUGUUCCAUUCCAGUGGAAGUGGCUCUACCAGCUUCUGGAUGAAACAGCCACGCUGGUGUUCUUUGUCCUGACGGGGUAUAAAUUCCGCCCAGCAUCAGAUAACCCCUACCUACAGCUGUCUCAGGAGGAAGACGACCUGGAGAUGGAAUCUGUGGUGACAACAUCAGGGGUGAUGGAGAACAUGAAGAAGGUCAAGAAGGUGACCAAUGGCGCUGUGGAGCCCCAGGGUAACUGGGAAGGCACCGCGUGACCGAGCCAGCUCUGGGGACGCGCUGUCAGUGCAAACUAACUUGUUCCUAGUCUGAUUGGUGAGCGAGGAGUUCCUGACAGGACUUGGCCCACAGUGACAUCGCUGAGCUCGUAGUGGAGCCAGGUGCUGUGACACCUGCUUUUGUACUCUUGGGGAAUCCGGAUCUGCGGCAGGCUGCGGCAGCUAGGACUGUCCCUUGGUGGGCAGGAGGCGGAGAGCAGGAGAGGAGAAGCCGUCUGAUUUACCUUGUAAACUGGGAGCUGGGGUCUGCACAGGGGGCCCCCAGUGGCCACCCCCUCAGAAAGGGACCUUGGUGGUGGGGAGGGUGAGUCCUUGGGUCACAGUGCUCUGGAAGCUGGGGAUAUGCUCAGUGUUUGCCUCCCAUGCACAAGGCCCUGGGUUCAAUUCCUAGUACCAGGAAAAAAAUUGUUUUGGAAAGUGGUCAGAUGUCUACCAAGGCUACAAAGAAAGAAAGAGAGAAUGCCUGCCUUUGGGGAACAAGAACAAAAAAGUAUUUUAGAAAACGGAACCCAGUGUAGCACCUGCCCGAGGCCUGUAGUCCCAAGCAUUGCCCUAAACUUCGUUCAGCUCCUGGUUGUGCCAGGGAACUGGUGGGACCUGGUGCUGCCGGGCAUACUGAGAGCCCCCAGAGCUCCGUCCUCAGAGGCACCCGUUACUGUUAGGACCACUGCCCAGACCACAGCCCUUCUGGUGGGGACGAGAGGGUUCCAGUCCUAUUCGGUGUUGCCUGGCAGAGGGGAGAGAGGGAUCUUAGAGCUCCAGUAUUCUCCAGUCAGCUUUGCUGACUCCCGACCCUGCCUGUCAGGAGCAGCACAGCCUGACUUCUUACAGCCGUGGCGUCGUUUUAUGAACAGAAACAGAGAAAACAGUGCUUUCCUUACGGAGCAGCUGGGGGCAGAGGUAUUGUCUGAGCAGGUACUUAAGUAAGGCAAAUCUGUAUCUUCCAAAGCCUGCCCGUGGGCCCGGCGGGAGUGCUAAGUAGAGGAAUUGCUGAGUUGGUCCCCAAGGCCCAGUUCCGGGCAGGAAGUGAGUGCGAUUGAACUGGCUCCUGCCGGGCUUGGGUGGCACAGUCUCCUGAAUGCCCAGAGCAAGAACGCGGGUACAUGCUGCAGGGAGCAGCCUUGAGCUCAGGCAAGCUUAGAAGGCACAUUGUGACUCAGCGCAGAUGACCAGCACACUGCCCUGCAGGAAAGCUGCUUAGUGCCCAGGAGCAGCUGGGAGGGUCAUUUCCAAAAGCCGCAGCCCAACUCUGCCUGGGCUUGGGUUUGUGCGUGAGUCAUACCUGCGAUGUGACAGUCACAUUGUCCCAGCUCAGAAGGGUGAGGUAGCAGCGGUGGGAUGGGGUGGUCAUCACCUUCGUAGGUUUGGAAGCUGAAAAGUCUCGGGUCAGAAAACAGUGCUGCGUCUGUCUCCCCUUCCCCACCACUUCCUGUCCCAAGCCACUGCUUAGGAAGCAGCUUCCUCUUGACACCUAGGCCCAGCAGCCCGCCACCAUGCCGACAUUCCAGAGAAGUGUUUGUGUGUCUGUCCUCAGGAGAGAUAGACCGGUCUAGAGGAGUCAUUAAGGGACAUCUUUUUUUUCUCCUUUUUUAAUUCUUACUGGUUUUUGUUUUAAGUUAACUUGGGGCUGUGUAAAUUGGAGGUACAUGGGAAUUUUUUUUUUUUUUUUUUUUUUUUUUUUGAGACAGAGUCUCCCUGUAGCCCCAGCUGUCCUGGAACUCACUAUGUAGACCAGGCAGGCCUUGAACUCGCAGAGAUCCACCUGCCUCUGCCUCCCAGUGCUGGGAUUAAAGGCGUGCGCCACCACGCCCGGCUGUGCCCAUGAACUCUAUGUGCCUAAACUGGCACUCCGAGAUGUGCUUCUGCCUCUAGAGGGAGGCUGUUUGCAACCUACCCACAGGCAUCUUGGUUUCAGCAUGAUGUCUAAGGGGCUGUAGGGGGACAGUCUGCACAGACAGACCAGGCUGACCACAGCAGAGUCCUGCCCAAGUCCUGCCCUGUAACUGCUGGUAGGUAGGAAGUCAGGCUGGCAGGAGGGAAGUCUAACCUGUGGGAAGCUGGGCAUGGUGUCCAGGCUGGAAAAGGAAAAAAAAUCCUUUAGCUCUCCAUUCUGCUCUGUGAAUGUGUCUCAGCUCUCUACUGCUGAGCUGUGAGCCAGCAUUCAGUGGUCCCCUUAGGUGGCGAUAUCUGUUGGGAUCCAGUGCUAUGCAGCCCAUCUCAGCCCUCCUAGCUCAGCACAGAGUUUAAACAAGUGAAGCCCUUGCUGUGUUUUAAGGGGCUGGGCAAAAAAGACCCGGGGUGCACUGCCACUGUGGUAUUUAUAGCUCCAUUCUGUUCCUCCUCUUCUGCGUGCUGGAGAUGCCCUGCUUCCCUCAGAGUCUGUGGACUGGAAGCCACUGGCUGUGACAUUUAAUAAAGUGUGGGUUUUGCUA